AUGGCAGAAGCCAGAAUAUCAGUGGCUCACGACCAGUUCAUCUGUCCAGUGUGUCUGGAUCUCCUUAUGGAUCCAGUGACCAUCCCAUGUGGACACAGUUACUGCAUGAGCUGUAUUACAGGCCACUGGAAUCAGGAAGAUCAGAGGAGAACAUACAGCUGUCCACAGUGCAGAAAGACCUUCACACCGAGACCCGAUUUAGGCAAGAAUGUGAUGAUUGCUGAAAUGGUGGAGAAACUGAAGAAGACUGAACCUCAAGAUACUGUUCCUGCUGGACCUGGAGAUGUGAAGUGUGACGUCUGUACUGGACGGAAAAACAAAGCGGUCAAGUCCUGUCUGGUGUGUCAGAACUCUUACUGUCAGACUCAUUUUGAGGAGUUUCAUUCUGAUAAACGACACAAAGUGAUCGAUGCCACUGGACGACUGAAGCAGAUGAUCUGCCAAAAACACGAUAAGAUUCUGGAGGUUUUCUGUCGCACUGACCAGCAAUUUAUUUGUGUUCUAUGUGUGAUGGAUGAACACAGAAACCAUGAGACUGUAUCAGCUGCAGAAGAAAAGUCUAAGAUGCAGCGAAAUAGAAGCCAAGCUGUUCUCCGUGUCAUUGCUUUAUUUGUGUGUGAAAUGGCAGAAGCCAGAAUAUCAGUGGCUCACGACCAGUUCAUCUGUCCAGUGUGUCUGGAUCUCCUUAUGGAUCCAGUGACCAUCCCAUGUGGACACAGUUACUGCAUGAGCUGUAUUACAGGCCACUGGAAUCAGGAAGAUCAGAGGAGAACAUACAGCUGUCCACAGUGCAGAAAGACCUUCACACCGAGACCCGAUUUAGGCAAGAAUGUGAUGAUUGCUGAAAUGGUGGAGAAACUGAAGAAGACUGAACCUCAAGAUACUGUUCCUGCUGGACCUGGAGACGUGAAGUGUGACGUCUGUACUGGACGGAAAAACAAAGCGGUCAAGUCCUGUCUGGUGUGUCUGAACUCUUACUGUCAAACUCAUUUUGAGGAGUUUCAUUCUGAUAAACGACACAAAGUGAUCGAUGCCACUGGACGACUGAAGCAGAUGAUCUGCCAAAAACACGAUAAGAUUCUGGAGGUUUUCUGUCGCACUGACCAGCAAUUUAUUUGUGUUCUAUGUGUGAUGGAUGAACACAGAAACCAUGAGACUGUAUCAGCUGCAGAAGAAAAGUCUAAGAUGCAGAGUUUCCAGUCCCUCUCUGUCUCUGGAUCUUCAAGAUCACCCAGAAUCAUCAUCAGUUCUGUCCUCUCUUUUGAUGAUGUCAGUAAAUCUGUCUCUAAACUCAGAGACCAACUAAAUCAUUACUGCAGAGAGGCUAUAGAAAACAUAUCUGUGAAACACGUUCAGAUCAUUCUCGGCCCUGAUUUUGAGACCAGAGAGGAAUACUUGAGAUAUUUCCAUCAGUUCACUAUGGAUUCAAACAUGACUAAUAAAAAUCUCAGUCUGUCUGAUGGGAACAGGACGGUUACUAGCACUCUUACAGGCCUGCUGUAUCCUGAUCAUCCGGACAGAUUUGAUUCUGUAGUUCAGGUGUUGUGUAGAGAGAGUGUGUCUGGACGCUGUUACUGGGAAGUUGACUACGGUCAGAGUGAACGUUUGGGUGUAUCGGUGUCCUAUAAGAGCAUCAGCAGGAAGGGACGUGACAAUGAGUGUAAGUUUGGACAUAAUAAUCAGUCCUGGAAAUUGCUGUGCUCUUCCCCCAAAUACAUAUUCCUGCACAAUAAUGCAAAGACUAAACUCAUCGUAGCGUCCAGCUCCUCUAGAAUAGGAGUGUAUGUGGAUCACGGUGCAGGAAUUCUGUCCUUCUACAGCGUCUCUGACACAAUGACCCUCAUUCAUAAAGUCCAGUCCACAUUCACUCAACCGCUCUAUCCAGGGUUUUCACUGGGCAGCAAUGCAACAGUGAAACUAUGUAACGUCACUACAUAA